CCUUCGGCCCCUCCUUCCUCGUGAUUGAGCCCCACGAGCGGCCAACAGCGAGGGGUCGGGGACCCGGGUCGAGGGCCCCAGAAACCCAGGCACCGGGAGAGUUUGCGAACUUUCAACGGCUGGAUGCAGGAGUUUCGCCUCGGGGCCCCUGUGCUGCAACCGCCUUCCCGGCUGGCUGCCCUUCCCCUGCCACGUCCCUGUCCCCUCCUAGCCUGGCUCCUCAGGUGCUCGCCGGCUCCCCAAGAAGACCUGGGCUGCUCCCCCAGCCUCGGGCGGCCUCCCCCCCCCCGCGCGCAUUACCGAUCUCCGGCCGAGCCGUGCGGAGGGCGCCUGUGGGCCCUGCUGCGGGACCUGCGGACUCGGCAUGUUCUUGGCCACCUCUUCUGCUCACCGUGUCCCCGGCAGCACCGUGGCCCGCUCUCUCUGGGGUCCCCUCCGGACCGGGUGACGUCCUUCUUGCGCCUGCCCCACACCCUCCACGGGCAGUGGCCUCUCCCUCGUCCAUGGACCUCCAGGAGAGGGACACCCCGUCCCUGGCUGAGAGCGCUCAGUCCUCAAAGCCCAGCAGUGGCCAGCAGGCCUCCGAGCCGUGGGAGGUGGUGGAGGAGCCCCGGGGCAGGCUGGGAGCAGAGGGUGUCAAGCCCGAGCGGCAGGAAGGCCACUUGCUCAAGAAGAGGAAGUGGCCCCUGAAGGGCUGGCACAAGAGGUACUUUGUGCUCGAGGAUGGGAUCCUCCACUAUGCAACGACCCGGCAAGACGUUGCCAAGGGAAAGCUGCACGGCUCCAUUGACGUCCGGCUGUCGGUCAUGUCUGUCAACAAGAAGGCCCAGCGCAUCGACCUCGACACUGAAGACAACAUUUAUCACCUCAAGAUCAAAUCCCAGGACCUGUUCCAAAACUGGGUGGCCCAGCUGCGUGCCCACCGCCUGGACGUGCCUGGCACCACUCAUCGCAAGCUCCUAACGGCGGGUGGCACCUCCGCCCUGCCUGGGGUCGGAGCUCAGGAGAAGGUGUCUUCCUGGCUGAGGGACAGUGACGGGUUGGACCGCUGCUCUCACGCGCUGUCCGAGUGCCAGGGGAAGCUCCAGGAGCUGCACAGACUCCUCCAGAGCCUGGAGUCCCUGCACCGCAUCCCCUCGGCGCCUGUGAUCCCCACACACCAGGCCUCCGGGACCACCGAGAGACCCAAGAAGGGCAAGCGGACCACCCGCAUGUGGUGCACACAGAGCUUUGCCAAGGACGACACCAUCGGCCGGGUCGGUCGUCUCCACGGCUCUGUCCCCAACCUGUCUCGCUACAUGGAGUCCCGGGACUCCUCGGGCCCCCGGGGGCUGCCACCCCCAGACUAUGCCCACCUGCAGCGCAGCUUCUGGGCCCUGGCGCAGAAGGUGCACAGCUCCCUCAGCAGCAUCCUGGCCACACUCAGCACGGAGCGGGACCGACUGCGGGACCUGCACCGGGGCUCCGAGCUGUCCAGGAUCGGGGUGCCCGGGGGGCAGCGACGCCUCCACUCGCUGUCCACAUCCUCGGACACCACGGCUGACUCCUUCAGUUCCCUCAACCCCGAGGAGCAAGAAGCUCUGUACAUGAAGGGGCGAGAGCUGACCCCGCAGCUGUCCCAGAGCAGUGUCCUGUCACUGGCCGAUUCCCACACGGAGUUCUUCGACGCCUGCGAAGUCCUCCUUUCUGCCAGCUCCUCCGAGAACGAGGGCUCUGAGGAGGAGGAGUCGUACACCAGUGAAGUCACCACCAGCCUGUCGGAGGAGGUGCUGCAGCCCAGGGGAGCCGAGCGCUGUCAGAAAGGGAGCGCCCCAGGGCCCCCUCGCUGCCUGGGGGGGCGGCAGCCCCUGCCCAGCUCGCCCAGCGUGCUCCUCCCCUCGCAGGUGUACGUCGCGGCCUUCGCUGUCUCGGCCUACUGCUCCACCUACCACCGCGCUGGCUGCAAGCCCUUCAACCCGGUCCUCGGGGAGACCUAUGAGUGUGAGCGGCCCGACCGCGGCUUCCGCUUCAUCAGCGAGCAGGUCUCCCACCAUCCCCCCAUCUCCGCGUGCCAUGCAGAGUCCGAGAACUUUGUCUUCUGGCAAGACAUGAAGUGGAAAAACAAGUUCUGGGGCAAAUCCCUGGAGAUCGUGCCCGUGGGCACCGUCAACGUCAGCCUGCCCAGGUUCGGGGACCACUUUGAAUGGAACAAGGUGACGUCCUGCAUCCACAACAUCCUGAGUGGCCAGCGCUGGAUAGAGCACUACGGGGAGGGCGCCGGCUGCCGGAGUGAAGGAAGAGGCGACCUUUCCUCCGCAGCCCCGCCCGGCAUCUAUCCAGACCCUGGCCAGCGGGCCUUUCUGCAGCUCCCUGGUCCUUGGCCACCCAUGUCCUUCUGCAGCUUCCAGCUCCCUCGUUCCCAGUCCUCCAGGGACUCCCAGCGCGAAGAACCCGCUCCCUCCAGGAGGCGGGGACAUCCUGGGCCCUGGCUCAGAGCCACGCCGCAGUGCCUCUGGAUUCGGUCUCUGCCCGCCCCUGGCCACGGGGCCUCCCGACCGCUGCAGGUGUCACUUCCCGAGGGUGGCCGCUUUCCCAGCGACGGCGACCGCAGGGUCAGGAAAGUGGGCGGGGGCCAGGCCAGCCCUGCGCAGCCCAAGUCCGCCCCGUGUGGCUGCCACCGGGUCCGCAUGUGCCCGGGCCUGGAGCAGGCUCGCUCAGGACAAGCCUGCGGUCACCCCUCCGAGGAGGAGAGCCAGUGCCUCACCCAGUCCGGCUCCCUGUUCCAGGGCCCCCAGUGA